CUCGAAACAAAUCAACAUUGUUAAAAUUAGAACUUCCACUCUCUCUCCCCCUCUCUAACUUGUUGUUGAACAAUUGAAAUUCCAGCAGAAAUCCAGGCUCCCUAAACCCAAAAAUCUGAUUCGCCGAUUGACUAAAGCACUCCCUGCCUUCAACAGCAAACCAGCAUGGUUUCUGACCACCCAACCUGCCCCACCUUUUGAUGUUGAUGUUUCCAAAGACUUUUUUUUUUGACAAAUGCCUGUUGGUUCAUUGGGGCAAAACGUCGAACCGAAUAAUUGGGGGGCAAUGCUUGCCUAGACUUCCAGCAGUCCGGGGCUCAAGAAAUUUGGCUCAGGCGGCGGUUUAUGGCGUUGGGGGGUCACUUGACCACCCUUGCUUGGCCGACUUGGCUGACUGCUUAUUGCCGAAAUAUCCUAAGGCAGAGCAGAGCAGAAUUGGGGGUUCUGAUUCAAAAGUUUAUAGUUUGAGACUAUUUCCCAAAAGAAGAAAAAAAAGGUUUUCAAGUGAAUGUGAAUGGAGGAUCCUAGUUUAAUAUACAGCCUCAGCACCCAAGAGUUAAAUCUCUUCUCUUCAUGAAUGAUUAGAAGUUAUUGUUGCAGGGUAAAGCUCUGGUGUUCGUGUGUUGCCAAUGAAGUUUUCCUGCUUGAGCAAAGGUGGUGGUUACCAUUUCCCACCAUGUCACAUACUCAACAUAUGUGGUUUUAGCAUUUUAUUGGAUUGCCCAUUAGACCUUUCAGCUCUUACAAUCUUCUCCCCUAUUCCUACUAGUUCAAAAGCUAGUUCCUUAGAUAAAGAGAAUCCCAGUUGCCCAAACCAUAGUGAUUCUUCAGAUUUGGAGGAGCCUAUGGUUCGGAAGAGACAAAAAGUCGAAAAGCCCCUGGAUGCCGAUGAUUUAAUUUAUGCAGAGCCUUGGUACAAAACUGUCAAGAACUUGCACCUGUGGAAUGUCUCGUUUAUUGAUGUGGUAUUGAUAUCAAGUCCAACGGGUAUGCUAGGAUUACCAUUUCUUACUCGAAUGAAGGGUUUUUCUGCUAAGAUAUAUGUGACUGAAGCAACAGCAAGACUUGGACAGCUUAUGAUGGAGGAUCUUGUUUCAAUGCAUCUGGAAAUCAGACAGUUUUUUGGACCUGAGGAGUCGUCUUUUCCCCAGUGGAUGAAGUGGGAAGAUCUUACGCUUCUUCCGUCUUCAUUGAAAGAGGUAGCUUUAGGCAAAGAUGGGGGAGAACUGGGUGGUUGGCUUUCCUUGUACAGUGCAGCUGAUGUGAAGGAUUGCAUGCAGAAGGUUCUGAGACUUAAAUAUGCAGAGGAAAUCUGCUACAACAGCACAUUGAUCAUAAAGGCAUUCAGUUCGGGUUUAGAAAUAGGCUCUUGUAAUUGGACAAUAAAUGGUCCCAAGGGAGGCGUUGGCUUUAUUUCAAGUUCCAUCUUUGAUUCUGCUCAUGCAAUGAAUUUUGAUUACAAUGCUCUUCGAGGGAAUGAUAUAAUAAUAUAUUCAGAUUUCUCAUUCUCGGAUACCACGGAACAUGUUGAGAGUGGCUAUGAUAACUCCAUUCCAACUACUUGCAAUUGGUCAUCUCUCAGAAAUUAUGAAAAUGAUUGUCAAGAGUUGGCCAAGUCCUUACUUAAUGUUGAUGAGGGUUUGGAGGAAAGGGACAAGCUAGCUUUUAUAUGCUCCUGUGUCAUUGAUUCCGUAAAAGCUGGAGGUUCAGUCCUUAUUCCCAUUAGUCGACUGGGAAUUGUUCUGCUGCUGUUAGAACAGAUAUCAACUUCACUAGAUGUUUCAACUUUGAAGGUUCCUAUGUAUAUUAUUUCUUCUCUAGCUGAAGAAUUCUUGGCUUUCUCCAACAUCAUACCUGAAUGGCUAUGCAAACAGCGGCAAGAAAAGCUUUUUUCUGGUGAGCCAUUGUUUGCACAUGCCAAGCUUGUAAAUGAGAAGAAGCUUCAUGUGUUUCCGGCAGUUCAUUCACCCAAAUUAUUCCAACUAUCACUUCAAUCUCACCUCUUUUGUGGACAAAAAAUCAAUGUAUACCAAAAGAAAAAAAAGAAAAAUUUGCAACCAAAAGUUGUUCUGCUACCUAAAGAUUUGAAGCAGAUUAGCUCUUUGAAAUCAAAUUCAUGCUCGACCUUUCACUACUGCAUUAAUGAAACGUUACGUAUACCAAGCUUGAAGGACAAUUCAGAACUAGAGAUUGCAACAGAUUUAGCUUCCCAGUUUAAUUGGAGGAACUUGAAACAGGAAAAUAUUAAUAUGACAAGGUUAAAGGGAGAGCUCUGCGUAGAUCAUGGAAGACAACGGUUGUCCACUGGCAAUCAAGAGUCCUCAGAGAGUAGACCGCUGGUACACUGGGGUUCACCUGAUUUGGAGAAGCUUUUGGUUGUGUUAUCAAACAGGGGCAUCAAGGCAACGCUUAGCGAUGCAUUUGGUUCUGAAUCAGAAAGUGCUUCUCUAGUACAUGUCCAUGAUCCCAACCAAGCUCUUAUAGAAGUCAGAACAACAAGCACUGUUAUUAGUACUGCUCAUGAAAGUUUGGCCUCCAUUAUUUUUGAAGCUAUAGGUAGUGUUCUAGAUGGCGUUUAGAUGAAAGGAAUUUCACUUGUUUCAUGCAAUUCUUAUCGGCCAUGUUUGGUGACUAGGAUUGGACUGGCAACAUGCAUAGUUUACUGUAUGUAACGAUGAGAUAUUGCUACUUUUCUUUGCAAAGGUGACAGUUAAGGCGGCCAGAAGGAUUUCUACCUUACUUGCUGUCUUUGCUUCAACAACUGGACAAAGGAUUAGUUUCCAUAAGUCGACUUUCUUUUUUUCCAAAAAUGUUUCUAAUGCUUGCCGACAACAAUUGGUCCAAUUUUUGCAAAUACAGCAUAAAGUUACUUUGGAAAGGCCUCUUGGAAUAAAUAAUAUCCUGAAGUGGAAGGACUCCUUUAAUACCUCGGAUUUCCUGGACUGCUCAGAGGAAAUUCUCUUCUUGGAAAGGUAACUUACUGCAGCUCCUAUUGCAAAUAGGGCCCCUAUUUCCAUCCUUUCCCGAGAUUUCCUCUAAUAUUGUUGGUAAUUUGUCUUAAUAAUUUGUCUCGGUAAUUUUUCUGGAGAAAGGAUGGACAUAGGGCCCCUCCUAUUGCUUGGAAGGAAAUCCGUUAACCUUGCAGCUCUUACAAAAUUGGGUUGGAAUGUUCUUAAUUGCCUCAAAAAUGGUGAGUUCAACUUGUAUCAAAAAUUUAUUUGUUUCAUCACUCCUUUUUCGCGGCUCCUAUUAAAUCUGGACAUUCUGCAACCUGGAAAGCAAUUUCGGAGGCUAGAGAUCUACUUUGUAAUGGUAAUGAACCGUUGGUAAUGGUGAGCUUAUCUCUUCCUGGACUCAUAUUUGAGUCCUUUUUCCUUUAUUCCUUCUCCUUGAUGUCUCUCAGCAGCGUAAUGUUGAUUGGGACCUAAAGGUUUGUAAUUUAUUCAAGAUGGUCUGUUGGAAUGAGGAAGAUCUUAGAAAAGAAAAGUUGUGCUUUA